AUGGAGAAGAAGGCUGCGAGGAAGAGGAAGAUGUCCCAGGACCAUCAGGUAGACAAGAAGCUGAGGACGGAGACCAGAGAGGAUGAAUCUCCAUGGCAGAACCUCAUGGAAGAAGCUGUUUUGAAGGACUCCAUGGCACAGGAAUCGAACAGGGAGCUUCAUGAUGGGGAGAAGCCCCACAAGUGCUUGGAGUGUGGGAAGAGCUUCAGGCAGAGCAGCAAUCUUGUCCGCCACCAGAUGAUCCACACCGGGGAAUGGGCCUACGAGUGUGGGGAGUGUGGGAAGGGCUUCAGCUACAGCUCAGAACUCGUCAGGCACCAACGCAUCCACACUGGGGAGAGGCCCUAUGAGUGUCCUGACUGUGGGAAGAGGUUUCACACCAGCUCCAAUCUCCUCCUGCAUGAGCGGAUUCACACGGAUGAGAGGCCCUUCCGCUGUCCUGACUGCGGGAAGGGCUUCAACCGCAACUCCAACCUCGUCACCCACCGGCGAAUCCACACUGGGGAGAGGCCCUAUGAGUGUCCCCAGUGUGGGAAGAGCUUCACCCAGAGCUCGCACUUGACGAGACACCAACGGAUCCACACUGGGGAAUGGGCCUACGAGUGUGGGGAAUGUGGGAAGGGCUUCAGGUGCAGCUCAGAACUCGUGAGGCACGAACGCAUCCACACUGGGGAGAAGCCCUAUGAGUGUCCCGAGUGCCAGAAGAGGUUUGCCACCAGCUCCCAUCUCCUCCUGCAUGAGCAGAUUCACACCAAGGAGAAGCACUUCCGCUGCCCUGACUGCAGGAAGGGCUUCAAGAACAACUCCAACCUCAUCAGACACCGGCGCAUCCACACCAGGGAGAGGCCCUACAAGUGUCCCCAUGGGGAGAGGCCCUACGAGUGUCCCCAGUGUGGGAAGAGCUUCACCCAGAGCUCUCACUUGACCCAACACUGA